CCAAAAUAUGGUAUCCCCUCGACUCGCCAGAGACAUUCAAGAGUCUCAGACACAGAGAACCUCACCCUCUCCCUCUUCCAUCUUUAGUUGUUUGAAUUUUCUCACAAGGAAAUGAUCCGCUCUCACUAUCGCCUUCUCUCCACCAAUCUUCCACUCUCCCUCCCUCUUUUUCGUCCCAUUCCAUUCUUCCCUUCUUCUUCUUUUUCCAGAGUUACCAUUACACGUCCAAUUCAAGCAAACCUUGGAACUAACUUUCAAACAUGGUUAGCUCAGUCAAUAGAACCCACCACCAAUAUGAUAAUCCCCCCAUCAGAAUCAGGACCCAUCGAACUACCAUCACCAAUUUCAGAUGUCUUUGCUACUACGGAUGACCCAUCUUCUCUUCAAGUAGCAACUAGUGUUCUUCUCACUGGUGCUAUCGCUAUUUUCCUCUUUCGUUCUCUCAGACGCAGAGCUAAACGAGCUAAAGAACUGAGAUUUAGGUCUACUGGUGCAACGAAAACAUUAAAGGAUGAAGCUUUGGAUAGUUUGAAAGCGAUUAAAUUGACGUCAGUUGAGAAAGAUUCUCCUCCUUCACCUGUUCAAGCUUUGUUGGGUGGACUUGCUGCUGGUGUUAUUGCUUUAAUUCUAUAUAAAUUCACUACCACUAUUGAGGCUUCCCUUAAUCGACAAACCAUUGCGGAUAAUUUCUCGGUUCGUCAGAUAACCAUAACCGUAAGGACCAUUAUUAAUGGGAUUUGCUACCUCGCAACAUUUGUUUUCGGUAUCAAUGCUGUUGGUUUGAUUCUUUAUUCAGGCCAGCUUGCUCUCAGUUCUUUUAUGGACGGGUCUAUGGAGGAAGCUUUCCUAGGGGAUGAUGGAUCACGAAGCUCAACAAAUAUAUCAACCAAAAGCACGGAAGCUAAUCAGGACUCUAUUAGUAGUGAUAAAGAUCAAAGCUCAGAAUCUUCAGACAGUGGGUCGUAGACAAAGGGCUGCCGCGAAAGUCGAUCAUUUGACUAGGCUAUCCUCUGCACUCACUCACUAAAAUUUGCAGGUCAUGGUUAUGUACGUCGUCUUCCUCCGCAGCUUAGGUAAUCCGUUACUUCUUUGCACAAAUUAUAGUUCCCAUCCGGCGUUAAGUUUAUCUUUGUUUGUAGUUCUAAGCGAGGAUUGGGUACCAAAUCAAAUAGUUCUGAAUUUGUAAUCCUUGACUGUUGUCCUCUAUAUAAUAAUAGUAAUAAUAAUAAUGAAGCGAGAUUUACUUUGUCUAAGGACUUCUAUCUUGUAUUCUUACCAAAUAUGUUCAAGUUUUUGGCGACAUAUCAAACAUAAACUGGGUGAGGUCAUGUAAUGAUUUGAAUAAGGUGAUUUUUUAAAUUGGAAAGUUUUCA